CGGAGAUCGAUGGUUAGAAUCCCCGUUGUAUUUGGACACCAGUGGAGUUUGCAUCCUCGCCUGUUACUUUUUUUUUUUUUUUUGCCGGGGGGAGGGGGAUUGGACGUUACAGUUAUUGUUCAUUUGUCAGUUGUGUCCCGUGAUUGGCUGGCAACCAGUCUCAGUUUGGGCAUCUUGCCCAAAGCCGGCUCGGAUUGGCUACCACUGACCCAAUGAGAACGAGCGAUAUAGAAAGUUGGAGGAUCGUACAUAUUCCCGACCAAUCAAUGCAGACGAUGGUACGUUCGUGACGUAGGCAGUACUUUUGUGGAGAUUUAAAUUUGAAGAAAAAUUAUAACGUGCUCUUCAUCGAACGUUAAGGUAGCAUAUUCUAGCUGAUCCACCUGAGCAUCAGAACAAUCACACUUUGGAAGAUUAGGUAGAGACCUUCAAGAAUGGAGCAGCUUCUGCACACUUUCCAGGGUGCCAUCGAGGGGAUGACAUGGGAGCAGAUCAGCAGCACCCUUAUGGAGGUUAUUGCAGACUGCUCGCCUCCUCCUACUCCUCCUUGCCCCCUGGAACCUGCUCAACUGGACUCAUACAACCUAAGACCUUUAACAAUGGAGCAGCUUGUGAACACAUUCCAGGGUGCCAUCGAGGGGAUGACAUGGGAGGAGAUCAGCUGCACCCUUAUGGAGGUUAUUGCAGACUGCUCACCUCCUCCUACUCCUACUCCUCCUUGCGCCCUGGAACCUGCUCAACUGGACUCGUACAACCAAAUGUCCACCACAGCCGCCAAUACGCUGCACUCAGGCAUCAACCUGUCGUUAAAAAAUCUCUAUCCCAUCAGGACGAUAAUGGUGGUCUAUGAGAUCUUGCCAGCCCCUCGAGUCACUGCACCUGCACCAAAACCCUCCAAGGCAAAACCAUCUUUCUGCAGAAGGAGGAAGAGGCAUGAAAAAGAGGACCACAUUAAGAAACCGCCCAAUGCCUUCAUGAUGUUCUUGAAAGAGAACAGGCAAAGCGUGGCGGCGGGCAUGAACGUCAAAAGGAGCACCGAAGUCAACACCAUCCUAGGCCAGAUAUGGAGAUCAAUGACAAUGGAUGAACAGAAUAAAUAUUAUAUAAUGGCAGAUGAGGAGCUACGUCGCAGGAGGAGCAGUAGCAGCACUUAGACGGCAUGAAAUAUUGGCUUGCCAAGAUUAAUCGGGCCGUGGCUAUGAUUUGCCGGAAGUGACUGCAAAACAUGUCAUACAUGACUGCCACCCCCCAUCAUCAUCACCCACCCUACCCGGCCACCAAUAAAGGUCCGACAGGAUGCUCACCAACAACAAUAGCAACAACAGCAAUAGUUAACAGUUUCAGCUCAUAAUUAAAAACACCGUUGUUUAAGGCCACAACCACUAGUGGAGCUUCUUGGUAGAGUUAUACAUAAUGUACAGGUUUGUAUUUUGUUCAUAUUCUGGUGUCUUUUUUAUGUAUAAAUGUAUAUAGUUUUGAGAGUGUGUUGAGGGAAGAGAGAGUUUGGCAGUUAGUAUUUGAAAAACGUGUGCACCGCAUAUAAAUAUAUAAUCAUAUUGUAUUUAUUCCUUUUUAUGCUUAUACUGUAUAUACAUAUUAUAUUAUAUUUUGUACUU